AUGCUGAUCACUGUCUUAUGGCUAUGCACAUUGUGUGUAGUACUGGCGAGACCGGAAUUAAAUUAUAAAGAGCGGACUUUUACCAAAUGGGAAUUGGAUGAAUACAAAGCGGAAGUCAAAGAGUUAAUUUAUUUUGGACUGGAUGAGUAUUUAGGCAAAGGGUUUCCUUACGACGAAAUAAGGCCAAUAAGUUGCAAACCAAAGACAAGGAAUUUUAAGGACCUUUAUGAUACUGGAACCAAUGAUGUGUUAGGAAAUUUCACAACGACUCUAAUAGACUCUUUGACCACAGUGGCAGUUCUUGGUGAUAGAGACAGGUUUAAGUCCUUAGUCGAUUUAGUUGACUCAACUUACCCAAAUGGAUUUGAUAUGGAUUCUACUGUUCAAGUCUUUGAAACAACAAUUAGAAUAAUAGGUGGUUUACUCUCAAGUCACUUGUACGCAACAGACCCAAGUAAGAAGGUAUAUUUGGGCAAAAAAGAUUAUAAUGGUUGCCUUCUGAAAUUGGCAAAAGACAUGGGAGAUAGAUUAUUGCCGUCUUACUUAACCAAGACAGGUUUGCCAGUUCCAAGAAUAAAUUUGAAAUACAAAUUUCAUGGAAUAACACCAGACUUAGUCAACGAAAACAAUGCUGCAGCUCUAAGUUGUCCUAUGUUUGAGUUUACAUUACUUUCCUAUUUAACACAUGACGCUAAGUAUGAAGAGAUCACGAAGUAUGCUUUCAAAAAAACAUGGGAUUUAAGGUCCGAAAUAGGCUUAGUACCGAUGUCUUUCAAUCCCCAAUAUUCGUAUUCAUUUGGAGGCGUAACUGGUAUAGGUGCCUCAAUUGAUUCGUUUUAUGAAUACGCACUGAAAGGUUCAAUCCUAUUUGAUGAUAAUUAUCUUCUUGAUGUUUGGCAUAGUUCAUACGAUGCAAUAAGAACUCACGCCAAGGAAGAUUGGUAUUUUAAUACAAUCGGAACGAGAGACGGCCAUAAAGCCACCAAUUGGGUGGAUUCCUUGAGUGCUUUUUUCCCCGGAUUGCAAGUUCUGGCUGGAAACAUUGAGGACUCGGUUUACCAGCAUAUGCUGUUUUUGAAAUUAUGGGAUACUUUUGGUGGUAUUCCUGAAAGAUGGAUGAUGGAUGGAAUAUAUAGUUUUAGACCGCUAGAACUGCCCUGGUAUCCACUGCGUCCAGAGUUUGUUGAAUCCACUUAUUUCUUAUAUAGAGCCACCAAGGAUCCUUUUUAUCUAAAUGUUGGAUAUCGAAUCCUCCAAGAUUUCAAAUUUAGAUUUAAGAAAGAGUGUGGAUUUGGUGGUAUGCAGGAUUUAAUUAGUGGUGAGCCACAAGAUAGAAUGGAGACAUUUGUUUUGAGUGAAACACUAAAGUACUUAUACUUAUUAUUUGAUGAAGAAAAUGAAAUACAUGCCGAUAGAGGUAAUAUCAUUUUUAGUACAGAGGCCCAUCCGAUGUGGAUUACCUAUGAAAUGAAAAGAGACUAUAAUGAAAAGAAGUUCUUCACUGAUAAAACCUAUUUGGAACACUUAGAAGAGGUUCAACUUUUUGAUUGGGAUAAAAAACUGAGGGAUAAUAACGAAAAGAAUAAGGAAUUGUUGAACAAAUAUGCAGAUGUAUUGAAAAGAAUUAACAAGUUUAGAAAUAAAACCAAAGAGGAACUUUCUGGCCUGAUGAAAGAAAAAAAGGAAGAACUGGAAGAGAAUGGCAUAGUUGAGUCUCACAACGCUGAAAUUGGACAUAGUCAAUUUAAGGACGUGUGUAAGGUAAGCAAAUAUCGUCAAAAUGAUGCUGGGUUUUCAUUUUCUAAUAUCAUGUCAUCAUUUAAAAGAAUAUCAGAGCCGGAGAGGAUAUUCAACACAACACUCAUAAAGCCUAAUUAUCUAGAUGAUUAUGCACCAUUUGAGUUUGAUAAACAGUUCUACGAUAGGUGGUGUCCACGCAAUGCAUCAUCAUCUCUUGCUGCUACAACAUUACCAUUUGAUAUUGUUUUAGAACUUCCAGGACAAUAUGAAUUAUAUCAAUACCCAAAUGGGACUGUUAAUGCGAUGAAGCUUGGAAACAAAAGGAAGUUACGUCUUGAAAGAAUAACUCGUGGCGAUAUUGACGUGUAUGGAGAAUUUGUUAGCGAUGCAGAUUUCUCUGGAGUUAACUGGGACUUAGUUCGACAAGGAAAUGCUAAGUAUGAAAAUGGCACUGCACUAAAGAAUAAUAAAAGCCUCUAUAGAGUAGUGAAGAUUGAUGGUGUUGUUAUACCUAGGAAACAAAUGCUAUUCGUUAAUUCCACAUUGUUCAAAGAGGUAGUAAGUUUCGAGGAACUUUAUGAAGAUCCUGAAAUAUUGCAUAAGAGAGACAUCUUACGUGCAUUUGGUGUCAAUAAGGAUGGCUACUUAAUUUUCAAUGACACCGUUGUAAGCAACUGUAAAAUUAUUUAA